CCGUCGAUGUUGGCGGCACGGUGAGCUCGACAACAUCGACGUGAUUCGCGGUCCCAAUCCGGCUGGGCCCCACGAAACGGCUCGGACGGACUCGAUAGCAACGUGCCCCACGGAGGGAGGCUGCCCCGCCUCAUUGUGGAGCCGAAACAAGCGCCAGCGCGUAGGAUUCGGCAGCAGCUCGCCUACAGCACGAGGCUCUCAGAAGAACCCCGACGCCCCGCGGCCCGCCAGCGCACCGCAACACCACAGACCAGCCAUGGCCGAGCCCGUGCCGGCCCCCGACGUCGGCGACCUGCCGGAUCUGCCCGACGCGCCCGGUGUUUUGGGACCGCCCGUCGUCGACGUCCCCGGAAGCGCAGUACAAAUCGCAGUACAAACGCCGGCACCCGCUCAACCGGAAGCGCCCCAUCCAGAUAUGAUGCAGCUGCCACCAGGUUUUCCGAUGAUGAUGCCCCAGCCGGCCGCCGACGGCUCUACGCCGGGCUACCCGCCGCUCAUGGUCAUGCCGCCCUACGGCUACUACUACAUGCCCCAGCUCGCGCCGCAGCAGCCCGGGCAGGUGCAGCCCCAGUUCGUGCCACCUGCUGCGGGCGCUGCGGCGCCACCAGGAUUACCUCAACCGCGGGUGCCGCCCCACGCCUUCUUCGGGUACAUGCCUCAACCUGAGGUGGCGCCGCCGCCCGCGCCGCCGAAGAAGAAGGCCGCACCUCGGAAGCGCCAAAAAACCUCGAGGAUCAACCGGUCAUUGAUCGGCUUCGAGCAUGACCCCCGAGACGUCGCCUUUGAGUCCUUGCGGUUUUCCGACUCGUUGCGGUCGCAGUACAACAAUGCGUUGAGACAUUUCGUUGGAUACGUCAAAGAACGGAAGAUGGACCCGGCCGAGGCGGUGGUCUUCGUGAGUCCGGACGGCGUGGCCAAGGACGACAUGUUGCGGGACUUCGCGCGGUACUUGCACGAUAGCGAUGGCGUGACCGACUCGGUCUUCAGAAACUGCCUGAAGUGGAUGCAGAAGAAUCUGGAAGCCCAAAUGACGGCGCUCGAUCUGCCGCCCCCAAAAGCGUAUGUCUCGCGCUUACCGGGCAUGCGCGAGCUGAACCACCUCCAACGACCGAAGCAGAUGGCCCAGCGGGCCAUCGCCGACGCCAAGGACGCGGAGCUCAUCCGCAAACUGAACGCGAAGGGGCGGGGCGUCGCGCCGGGCCCAUGAGUAAAUAAAUGCUUGUAGUA